GGCCGGGGAGGCCUGGCCGGCCAGGCUGGGAGCUCGAGCCCCACGCACCGCCGCCUCCCCCCACGAUGUUCCCCUCCCGGAGGAAAGCGGCGCAGCUGCUCUGGGAGGACGGCAGCUCAGCUGCUCUGGGGACGUGGCCCGGGCGGCCAGGGGACAAGGGCAGGAGAGCCCGGGCCCAUCGCGAGCCUGCCCGCCAGAGCCGCCCCGCGAGCAGUGGGAAGAAGAUGAGUCCUGGGGCCCCCCACCUCCAGGCAGUGCUGGUGCCCUUCCGAGAACGCUUCGAGGAGCUCCUGGUCUUUGUGCCGCACAUGCACCGCUUCCUGAGCAGGAAGAAGAGCCAGCACCACACCUACGUGCUCAACCAGGCGAACCACUUCAGGUUCAGCCGGGCGGCGCCCAUCAACGCCGGCUUCCCGGAGAGCGGCAGCAGCACGGACUACAUCGCCAUGCACCGCGUGGACCUGCUCCCUCUUAGCGAGGAGCUGGACUAUGGCUUCCCCGAGGCCGGGCCCUUCCACGUGACCUCCCUGGAGCUCCACCCGCUCUACCACUACAAGACCCACGUCGGUGGCAUCCUGCAGCUCCCCAAGCAGCACUGCCAGCUGUGCAACGGGAUGUCCAACCACUUCUGGGGCUGGGGCCGCGAGGACGACGAGAUCUACCCGCGCAUCAAAGGAGCAGGGUUCCAGCUUUUCUGCCCCUUGGGAAUCACAACCCAGUACAAGCCAUUUCGCCACCUGCAUGACCCAGCCUGGAGGAGGAGGGACCAGAAGCGCAUCGCGGCUCAGAAACAGGAGCAGUUCAAGGUGGACCGGGAGGGAGGCCUGAGCACCGUGAAGUACGGUGUGGACUCCCGUACGGCCCUGUCUGUGGGUGGGGCCCCCUGCGCUGUUCUCAGCAUCAUGUUGGACUGUGACAAGGCUGCCACCCCCUGGUGUACAUUUGGCUGAGGUGGCUGGACAGUAAGGAGGCCUGUGCCUACAGGCCACACUGUUCCUCAGCCCAG